GCCAGUCCUGUACUAUCAAGUAUUCUUCCUCGGUUCAGCGAGUAGUUUUUCUUUUUCUGCCUUUUUUAUCGCUCUAUUCUUCUGCUCAGUAUCUUUGUUGAGUUUCUCUAUUGACCAUGACUACAGGAGGUGAAAUCCCAGAGUUUUAUUAUGUAUUACCUAAUGACUCUUACCCUACAAUUAAUUAUAGCACAGACUAUGAUGGUUAUACCUGUGACUACUUUGGUGACUACUUACAAGAACAUGAGAAACACCAGGAAGUCUAUCGUGUUGUAAUCCCGAUACUCUACAGCCUGGUUUUUGUGGUUGGAGCAGUUGGCAACGGCCUAGUCCUCUACAUUCUAAGGAGGAGCCAUCGCUCACGAUCCAGCACUGACAAUUUCCUUUUGCACUUGGCAAUUGCCGAUUUGCUGAUGCUCUUUACUUUUCCCUUUGCUAUUACAGAGGCUAUGGUUGGGUGGAAAUUUGGAGAUUUCCUCUGCAAGGUUCUGGGAGCCAUCAGUCGUUUAAAUUACUACUGCAGUUGUCUUCUCCUGGGGUGUAUUAGUAUUGAUCGCUACCUAUCUAUAAUCUACGCCAUUCAUACCUUCAAGAAACGAAGCAUCGAGGCAGUCCACUUCUCUUGCUUUAUUGUAUGGAUUGUGUGCUUUUUGCUUUCAUUGCCAAACAUGUUUAUCUUGGGAUCCCACCAACUGGGCAAUUACACUUGGUGCGGCUACAACCAAAGCCACUUUCCCAGCAAUUCUUGGUGGCAAGUCGGAAGAUUUAUGAAUCACGUUGUGGGGUUUUUAGUUCCAAUGAUCAUCAUGAUCAUAUGCUAUUCCCACAUAAUAGUAACUCUAUGUAGGUCCCCAAGGCGUGAGAAGAAAAAAGCAGUCAGAGUGGCUAUAGUGAUCACCGUAGUCUUCUUUCUGUGCUGGACUCCAUUCAACGUGGCGGUAUUUCUAGAUACUUUGGAUCAAUACAAAUGGAUAGAUAGUUGUGCACUUAAGAACAAUCUGUCCAUGGCAAUAAUAGUCACAGAGGUAUUCGGAUAUGUCCACUGUUGUUUGAACCCCUUGCUUUAUGCAUUUGUAGGGGCAAAGUUCAGAAAUGAUGCUCUGAAAGUUGUAAAACGCUUGGGAUGCUUCAAAUCAAAGUUGCUUGACCGUGUCACAACAGUCAGCAGGAAGAGCAGCACCACGGAAUCUGAAAGCCGGACAGUCUUCUCCACCAUCUGAAGGAUUACGUGAUACUCCUACUAUGAUCAUCAAGCAUUGCCUAACAUAGUAAAGAAAUGCAGUGUAUUCUGUGCGCUAAUGUAUAACAUAUGAAUGACAGACGAGUAACCGCUAUAAAACAUUUACACCAUUUACACUGCCUACAUCAAUGUUUCUCGACCUUUUUAAGGACCUUCUAGGGACAAGAAGUCCCAACUGAGUACCGUAACCCCAAGAAACUGAUUAGUUAUGGAUGUUAAUAAAAUAAGGCUAUCCUCACACCGCCAUCAGAGGUUCUGUUCGGAGACUUCAUUCACAGUUCCUUUGAAUUUGACGGGAAGAAUAGUGCAGCAGGCAACGUUAUUCUUCUAAUUGAAACAAUGGAUACUAUGGUGGGAUCCGCGAUGGACCACACUAUAAGUGAAUAGGGUCCGUCAGUGUCUGGUGAGUGACAGUUCUAGCAUUAAAGGGAUUUUCCAGGAUUUUGAUAUUGAUUGUCUAUGCUCAGUACCUCGGAAUGGUGGAAAUCUGGCACCCUACACUCCUGUCGUUCAGUUGUUUGAAGAGGCUGCAAUACUCCAGUGAGCGCCGUAUAUUGCAUAGCAGCUGUGUAAGGUAUCACUGGAAUGGGACGGAGCUGUGCCCAUGCUAUAUAACCUGUCCACCAUGGCCUUUUCAAACAACUGAUUAGUGGAGGUGGAUAACCCCUUUAAGUAAUAGCUUCUGUUCAGAACAGGGAAAUAAUAAUUGGCAUGUGUAGUAUAACCCCUUUCACCGGACACCAAAAUGGGUACAGACCACACACAAGACCUCUUAAAUAAAGAUAUAUUCCCCAGUUCAGAACCCCUUCCUUAUGAAGAUACCAGACCAGAAUUUUACUUAAUACAGACACCAGUAACCCAUUGUAUAUACAGUCAUGUGAAAAAAUUAGGACACCCUUUGAAAGCAUGUGGUUUUUUGUAAC